AGAAAGAAAAGAAAUAUACCUGCCCCAAAAAGAUAAAUGGUUGAUGAUACCAGAGCAAGUUCCUGUCAAUGAGUAUAACGGGAAAGUUAACACAGCACCGGGCGGGUUAUCCUGCUUGUCCUGGGCAAAUGAAGAAAUUUACCUUGACGACACCAUGUUCCCAGAAAGAUCAAAGGUUACCGCUAAAAACUAUUGCCGUGAUCCAACCGAUAACAGAUAUUUGUGGUGUUACACGGAAGAAAAGCCAGAAGAGAAAAAUGAGUGUGAUAUUAUAAUGCCGGCAAAGAAUAACACAGAUAACACAUUUGAUGGUUAUCUCAGGUACGUAGGAACGUUAAAUACAACGUUCUCAGGUAAAACGUGCCAAAAAUGGGCUUCUGGAUCUCCACACGCUCAGUUUGCACGUGGUUAUGUAUUUCCUGGAGAGAGUGUUGCUGGUGUGGACAAUUAUUGUCGGGAUCCCUGGGGCAGCGGUUACUUCUGGUGCUUUACCACGGAUCAGAGCACCAGAUGGGAGCCGUGUGUACUCAAAGAUACGAAGGAAGAUGGUUUGGGAAUUGUGUACCAAAAAUACAGCGGAUCAUUGAGGCAAACAUAUACUGGAAAGUCUUGUCACCAUUGGAACACACAUUAUGCCGACUACAAAGAAAGUCAUUACCCGAAUGGUUACUUGAGAGGCAAUGAUUGCCGUGACCCUCUGGACCAGGGUUUCCUGUGGUGUUACACUUCUGGUCGAGAAUGGGAGCCGUGUGUUGCUGUUGAUGAAUCGUUUGAGAACCUUGAGGAAAAGCAUGGCACAUUCGAAAGUAGUGACAGUAAGCGUCUGUUCAGAUGCAAAAGUGGACAAACCAUUCCAGUGUCCAGAAAAUGCGACGCUAGAUUUGACUGCUUUGAUUAUUCAGAUGAAACUGAUUGUUGGCAAAACUUUAAACCUCAUCAGCUUGUCUCCGGCAUGACAUUGUCCUCUGAACUUCCACCAGGUUUCGACACUGGUUCCCAUUUCCAAUGCGAUAAAACAUUUGAGUGGAUUUCCGUAACCGCAUAUUGCGACGGUGUAAUAGAUUGUUUGGAUUCAUCUGACGAAAUAGCCUGUAACAAUUCUUUAGAUGAUAAUAAGUCUUGUUUGCCUGAUCAGUACAAAUGCGGAGAAGGUGAUUGUAUACAUAUCAGCCAGCUCUGUAAUUUUGUACCUGAUUGUAUCGACCAGACAGAUGAAAAUUGUGAUUUUAGGACAUGCGCAGAUACAGAGUAUCAGUGUGACAAUGGCCAAUGUAUACCUCUUUACAAACGAUGUGACUAUAAGCGUGACUGCUAUGAUGGAAGUGACGAAAUAUCAUGUGAUAUAUGUGAAACGAAACAAGCGUUCCAUUGUGACGUUGCCAGAUGUAUUCCUGCGCGAUUACGAUGUGAUAACUACAUGGACUGUGAGGAUGGUACCGACGAGGUUAACUGUGCUCAAAAAGACUUUACGUCAUGUGACGAGUGGUGGCAACAUGGUUACAGAACUUCAGGUCCAUAUAUUGUUGGGGGACUGAAGGUUAAGUGUGAUUUUGAGUCCAUUGUUUCUGCUGGCAAGAUCUACACGAUAGUAGAAAACAGAGAUAUCGUUUUCGACUUUGAAUGUUGUGUUGUCGUUAAGGUGUUUCUACAUAGCAACAUUGAGGAAGGAAAGGAAGGUUUUUUAGUAGAGAGUCUGGUGAAGAGACCAGGAUAUACGUGUAAACAAGAGAUUAAGCAAACUUGCCAUCCGUCACACGCUGUAGCCGCCAUAUUGGAUGACCCACAUUUCAAUCAUAUUUACAAGGAAUGUAACUGUGUAAUGCUGGAAGUUACCAUCAACACGGACAACAGAGUGGAAAAGUCGUGUAUAGAGUCCGGAAAUGGAUCAGAAGCUGUGGAAAACAUGUACUCUUCAACGAAGUCAAAACUAACCUUUAGUUACAAGGAAAGGGAAGUUUAUAGAUCUAUGGCCUUCUUGGACUCGUAUACAGAAAAUGUCCAGUUGUUUCCUGGCCCGAUUAGAUGUGAGCACGAUUUUGUUCCGGAAGAAGAAAGCCUUACAUGUGAAGGAGAAGGUAAAGUUAUUCCCGCUCAUCGUAGAUGUCUGUAUGAUGUUGACGACAUUGGAAUAAUACUUGACUGCAGGUCUGGAAGUCAUCUGGAAAAUUGUGAUACAUUUAAGUGUUUAAAAGAUACAGUAAAGUGUCCAGGUAGCUACUGUUUACCUAUGAAGUUUGUUUGUGAUGGUACUGCGCAGUGUCCGGGAGGCCAGGAUGAGGAAAACUGUGGUUGCUCUGAGGAAAACAGUGAGAUACUCAUUGUUUACUAUGUUGGUCUGUUUCAAGAGCGUUUACAUGUCGAAAAGUUUGCUAACCAGUUUUACACGGAAACAGCAGCUGUUCGAAUUCUGAGCUACACAACCAGUCAACCACUUAAAACUGACUUUCAUAUCGAUCAUUUUGUAAUGCAUGUAAGGGAAACAAUGGCUCUGCCGUUUUCGUCAGUAUAUCGAUUACCAGAAUACCGUUACAGACUAAUGGCAAAAACGUUUCUGCAAGAUAUACUAUUAACUAAAAACAGUACAUCGAAACGAGGUAUAAUUUUCCUUGAAAAUAGCAAGGUAGCCAAGUCAGUUGCAAGUCAAUUAUUUUCAAAUAUAUCCGAGAAGCUCCCACCCGAUGUUAGUGUAUAUCGAGUCAUUGAAGAUCCAACUUCCAGUGUCAACAAUGCUUCCAACUUCUAUGAUAACGUGCUAGAUGUGGCAAUCAAGCGAUGGGAAAGUCUCAACUCUUUCGGCACACAAUGGUUUCCUACAAUAUGCACAGUGACCACGAAAGUCAAGUGCCCAAAUGCUUACAGGUGUGCCUGGAGUAGAAAUUGCAUUCCACUUGACCAAGUAUGUGAUGGACAUACUCAAUGUUACCAUGGUGAUGAUGAAAGUCUUUGUAAAUUUCAUUGUCCAAACGAAUGUCAUUGUAGAGGAUAUGCCGUAUUUUGCAGCGAGAAGAACAUAAACUUGAAUGCCGUUUCUAACAUAUCAAAAACCACCCGACAUCUUGAUUUAAGUAGGAACGCAAAUCUAGCAAAGAUAUUAGAACGUUCCUACCUGAUGUUCCCGUUUUUGGCCAUUCUCAAUCUAUCUUUGUGUCAUAUUGAAAUAAUAUCGGAAGUUGCUUUUCAUGGUUUAUUAAACGUUUUUACAUUUGAUCUGAGCUACAACGAUAUUAAAACUUUGCCAGCGAAUGUAUUUUCUGAGCUGACUCAUCUUCGGAUUUUAGAACUAAAAGGAAAUUACAAACUUGCCAAUAUUGAAGCAGGGGCGUUUAAUGGAUUGGGCUCAAUUCGAGAAUUAAUUCUUGCGGAUGCUCAACUGAAAAAGAUCGCUGCCUAUUCAUUUGCUGGACUCAGCCUGGAUGUUAUCGAUCUGUCCAACAACACUAUCGGAGAAAUUGAAGCGUUCGCUUUUAGCGAUGUAUCCGUUUCGAAAAUACAUUUCGACGGAAACAAAAUACUGAGCUUUAACAAGGAGAUAUUUACUGGCGUUUCGUCGCUAAGAAAAUUGAAAACUCCUGCUUUCAAAUUUUGUUGUAUCCGACCAAACUAUCUUGAGGAAGACCAGUGUUUCCCGCCAAAAGACGAGUUUUCAUCGUGUGAAGAUCUGAUGAGACUUUCAGCACUGCAGACUUUGCUGUGGCUCAUUGGCAUGGCAGCUCUUAUUGGAAACGGCCUUUCAAUUUUGUACAGACUGUUUUAUGACAGAAGAAGGCUUCGGAUAGGAUAUGGCAUAUUUGUAACCAACCUUGCUGUAGCCGAUUUUUUGAUGGGGAUAUAUCUUAUCAUUAUUGCAAUAGCUGAUGCUGUGUUUAGAAAAAAGUACAUUUUCAUGGAUGAUUAUUGGAGAAGUAGUGUAUGGUGCAACCUGGCUGGUUUCUUGUCGACUGUUUCCUCUGAAGCAAGCGUUUUAUUUCUUUGUCUCAUAACAAUAGACAGACUUCUUAUGAUCAAGUUCCCCAUGAGACAGAUACGGAUGAAUUGGAAAAUCGCGGGCCAGCUUUCAUUAAUUGCAUGGGUCGUGUCAAUAGCCAUAGCUGUAGUACCAUUUGUAUUCAGUAGCUACUUUCAGGACACAUUCUACACAAAAUCCGGAGUCUGUAUCGCUCUCCCUCUGACAAGAGAUCGCCCACCAGGUUGGCUGUACUCCGUUGCAAUCUUCGUGGGACUGAACUUCAUUACGUUUGUUCUUGUCGCUUUUGGUCAGAUUGCUAUCUUCAUGGAAUUCAGGAAAGCAAACAUGGAGAUUAGUAUGCUGAAUGCCAGAAAGCAGGAUUUAACGAUUGCUAGAAAUUUGCUUCUUGUCGUGACAACCGACUUCCUGUGUUGGUUUCCGAUUGGAGUAAUGGGUAUGAUGGCACUGAGCGGACAUGUUAUAUCAGGGGACGUUUAUGCAUGGGCUGCAGUCUUUAUACUGCCAGUUAACUCCGCAUUGAACCCAAUUCUAUAUACGUUGUCAGCCAUUGUUGGACAAAAAAAGUUCAACCCAAAUGCGGAUGAGCAAUACCGGACCGAACUAUCGGAAGCUGUGGGCAGUCGAAGUUUGGCAAUCCUAGGAAUAAGCAAACACUUUGGUUCUCGUGUCAGACCAAGCUACAGAAACAUUGCAGAUAUUUUGGAAAAGAAGACUGAUUUGUCUGCAAUGGAUAUUUUGAAAGUAGCAUCAAGGCUUGCGUCAGUUUUAGAAGUGGUGCACGAGAACUCCUUAGUUGUCGGUCGGCUAAAUGGUGAUACAAUACACGUAAGCAUAAAGGAAAGAAAGAUAAAUGGACAAAUAAAGUUAAAAAUGAAACCGCAGAUGUUGUCAGAUAAGGGAGAUAGCUACGAUGAUAUGUUUCAGUUUGGAAAGGUCUUACGUGCUUUGGUCGCACAGUACUCCCGAAGAGGAAACGUGCGUUGAUAUUGCACCAUUUAUAUUCUUUAUUUAUACAAUUAUUAUUACUAUUAUUAUCAUAUUUUUUAAUGUUGUGAAAUUUUAUUUAGAUGUUGUGAAAAUACAAUAAUAGUUGGUGUCAGUGUUAUGUGUUUACAUUUAAGACAUUUUGUUUUUGCAUUAUUUGAUAACCAAAUUUCAUGUUAAACCUUUUUAAACUGAAAAUUUAGUUUUGUCAUUUUUGUGUUUGAAUUUUCAAAUGCACAAGUUCGCUUUCAAAAGGUUUUAAUAUAAGACGAGUACAUGAUGUAAAUACUAAUACAGCCUGAAUAAGCUUUAAUUAGUUUUAAAACCUUUUAUUUAGAUUUUAGCAUGUAUCGCUACUUUUGCGUCUGUUUCCUGAUUUAUAAUCAAAUUUUAUUUCCAUUUUUGCUUAAGUUGAUAUUUUUCCCGUAUCAGUUUUGGGUAAACGUUUUUAAAGUCUUUCUUGUAAAAGACUAAAUGCAGAAAUCAUUUAGAACAAAUCAAGUAAAUCAUUGGCUGGAUCUAUACCGCCACCAACUAAGUUUCUUAUUUACUUUUUAAGAUUCGAUUCCCCCAUAAUUUCUCUACAUUUUGGAUUAACUUUAUAGUUGUGAUUUUAAACUUCAAUUGUCGUACACGAAUAACAUUACUAGGGUUACCAGUUUUAUUUCAUAACAUUUGAAGGAACUGUUUUUGUCGAUAUACUGGAAUUACCAGCCAUUAAUGUGUGGACUUUAUUCAUUAUCUUUAUUUAUUAUUAUUUAUUUUUACUUAUUUUGCAAUUACAUAGAUCACAGCAUUAGCACACAUUAUAUAGUAUGACAAUGUAAAGUAAUUCUAACAAAUAAAAUAGAUUAGACAGACAUUUAAAUAAAAUAACAGAAUUUCUACUGCACAGAUUAAAUUUGACAUAUUGCAAA